GGUGCGAGGUCUGUUGGGUCUGUUGCUUGUGAGCGGGUGAACGGAGCACGGGCGCGUGCAUCGUUUCGCGGGCGGCGUCAGUCAAAUAAAACUCCAGGCGGAGUUGCGGCGCCGCUAAGCAAAGUUGUUCUACUGCUUACGAGUAGUGUCCGACGAGCUUUACUGAACUAUUAGAGGAUUUCUGGCUUUCAGACUGAAAGUUUGCGUCUGUGCUGAACUCGGAAGUACGGCCGGUACGGCCCCUGGGCCGUCAAGCGCAUCGCGGCGCAUUGUAUGAGAGUAGUGUGCGUGUGCGUGCGCGCGUGUGUGUUUGCCUUCGGAGUGUGACUGCUUGAGCGGAGAGUCGGAAAGAGACCGGGCUGCGAGCAUCGACGGAAGCAGACACUGCAAACUCUCGAGAAGUUCUCAACUAACGGGUGCGGACUACACCGACUGGCAGUAUGACUUCUCGGUUUACGGUGUCCAAGACCGAGAAAAAUCUGCUCGCCGAUGACGCUUCGGCCGAGCCCCGCUACGGUUCCACGGGCCGCGGCAGUGCGUCGGGCUACGAAGACGCCGACUUUCACGGGCGUGCAAAGUGUCUGCAGACGCGUGCUGCGGCCGGCCAUUGCCGGUGCACCCGAGAUGAGCGCGCCUUUGCUGUAGUGGCGUCUACUGUGCCUGGCCUCACAGCGACGCCACUUGCGAAGGUGUCAUCGACAAAGCACCACUUUGUUGAAUUGUCGCCGUCUUCUCACUCGACCAGAAACCUGUUCUCAGCUGACCAACGAGCUGGUUUCAAGGAAAACAUGCUGCUGUUUGGACUGGUAACUUAGCCAGAUUCGUUUUACGUGAAACCUUACUGUACAUGAGUAGCAUCAUCAGUUAGUUAAUAUCUUGCGCUUUGCAUGUAAUGCAGAAACAGCGCGUCAUUAGUCGCAAGGCUACGUCGCCAGUCUUUCCUACAUACAAAAUAAGAGAACAUACAUACAUAUUCUUGCGGACUGAUGUGCGGAAACGAAGCAUUUCUGCACCAAGGUAUAUAGCCUUAUGUAAUAUUCGUUAAUAUUAUAUAAGGCAGUAUUGUGCAAUGUUUAUUGGCGAAUAAAUGAAUAAGUAUCUA